AUCGCGGCCAUGGGAUGGUUUUUCGGAGACAAAGCCUACCUGAGAAGCAGCUGGAACAUUCUCGACGGGAUGCUGGUGAUGAUCUCCGUCAUCGACAUCCUGGUGUCUCUGAUCUCCGACUCGGGGACCAGGAUCCUGGCCCUGCUCCGAGUUUUGAGGCUGCUGAGGACCCUGAGGCCCCUCCGCGUGAUCAGCAGAGCCCCGGGGCUAAAGCUGGUGGUGGAGACACUGAUGUCAUCUCUGAAGCCCAUCGGGAACAUCGUGGUCAUCUGCUGUGCCUUCUUCAUUAUCUUUGGCAUCCUGGGGGUACAGCUUUUUAAGGGAAAGUUCUUCGUUUGUGAGGGCGAAGACGUAAGGAACAUCACCAAUAAGUCGGACUGUUUGCAAGCCAACUAUAAAUGGGUCAGGCACAAGUACAACUUUGACAACCUGGGACAGGCCUUGAUGUCUCUCUUUGUCCUCGCCUCAAAAGAUGGAUGGGUGGACAUCAUGUAUGAUGGACUUGAUGCUGUAGGAGUUGACCAACAACCGAGAAUGAACCACAACCCCUGGAUGCUGCUCUACUUCAUCUCCUUCCUCCUGAUCGUGGCCUUCUUCGUGCUCAACAUGUUUGUGGGCGUGGUGGUGGAGAACUUCCACAAAUGUCGCCGCCACCAGGAAGCCGAGGAGUCCAAGCGCAGGGAGGAGAAGAAACUGAAACGCAUGGAGAAAAAGAGACGGAGUAAGGAGAAGGAGCUGGCU